CGUGAACCUUUCGUUUGCCUGAUCCGUCAAAUCGACUCGCUGCAUCAUGACAACCCUUUCGAUGUGGACACACCUCUAGAUCGCAACGGAGGCGGACACACAUGCAAAUUGAUGAUGACGUGAUGGUCACCCGGUGGGGACCCGACUGCUCACCUGAUGUGAAUUCAAUGGCGUUUAUCAUCAAUCCCACUGGCUGCUUGCUGAGUAAUGCUAGCUGAGGCGGGCCUGCUGGGCGGCGAGCUCAUCUGUCUGCCAGCUGGCGUCCCUCAUCCAUGCUGCGAAGACGCUUGCUGCCAGAUGUGAAUUCGUCUGCCGCCAUAUAAGAAUUCAAGGGCUCCCUGACGAGAGGACGUUUGCUAUCUGAUGAGGCGCCACCCGCUACUUGGUGGGGACCCUAGCGGACCUCGACUCGACGGAUUACGAAGAGAAUCUUGCGAACUCGCCACGCAAGCGUCUGCUGACAAGUUGCCAGCUGGCAGCAUCGAGCUUGCAUCGACGCCCCAUCAAUUGGCCUUACUCAUCAUCCGUCACUUCACUUUGCUUCUUCGCGCCUUCAAGGACAUAAUCAUGAAGCUUCAAGUCCUUCAUUUCAUAGCUAUGCUGCUGGCAGCCGCUAUCUUCUCCUCUUCUUCUGCUUCUGCGCUUCCCCUACCCAGCGAGGACAGUAGCAGUAAUGACGAGGCAGACUUCCCCUUUCGACCUCACAGGAUCAAAUACUGCUUUCACGGAGACAAUACUCUAUGCGGGCACGACUGCUUCCAAGAGCACUACGUAGCUAAAGAGCAGUACCUGCGCCAUUCUGGGAGCCUAAAAGGUCCGAUGCCUCCGGCAAGCCCCAGCCAUUGCGAGAAUUCUGCCGGGAGUCAGUCUGGUUGGAGCAAGUUCCGUAAGAAAGUAAAAAAGGGCACCCAGGCGGUGGCGAAGGCGAUGAAGAAUGUGCGCGGGUCUAGUAGAGUUCAUCCGCAACCAAGACGUCGCUAGCCACUGCUGCUGGCUCAGGCGAAGAGUGUUGCGGGGGUGUGGUAAGGCGAGAGCCAACGACGGACAGCUCUGCAGCACAGAGCCAGCCUACCCUUGUCGUCAGCGAUCAUGGAGAUUUCAUCAACAAUGGCGACGCGUCACGAUCAGACUCUCCCUCGUCUGCGCCUUAUAUCUGAAAUGAGUCCU